AGCCGAGCCAAAGUUUUUAUGUUAGCCAAAUCGCCGAUAUUUGCGCGUAGCGGAGACGGCUUCACGCAGCAGGACCUGGAGGCGGGCCGCCUGCGUUACCGCCUGCACCGCAAGGCGUACUCCCACGUGCGCGAACGACUCACCUCUACUGUCGGCGCCCAGGACUGCGACACCCGAGUCGGGCACGUCUCGCUGCUGCACGUGCCCUCGGCAACGAACAGGACGAGGUGCGCCGCCACGUUGGACGCCUUGCAGGUGGCGGAGGGCGGGCGGCAAGCCGUGCUGCGCUCGCACCUGCACCUGGAGACGGCCGGCAUCACGGAGCUGGUGUACAACGUGACGCACGGCCCGCACCACGGCCGCCUCGACGUGAUGGACGUGGGGCUGGUGACGGUGCUGCGGCGCGCCACCACCUACUUCUCGUCGCGCGAGCUGCUCACCGAGCGCGUCUUCUACGUGCACGACGACUCGGAGACGCGCCGCGACGCCUUCCACUUCGUCGCGCUCUCCAGCGAGGAGGAGGACUUCCAGUACGUGGGCGUCUUCCACGUGGACGUGCUGCUCAAGAACGACAACACGCCCGUGCGCGCCGUGUUCCACAUAGUUUCUGGCGGCGAGAAGCUGCUGACCGGGCGAGAUCUACGAUACUCCGACGCCGACAUCGACACGCAGCCCAGCGACAUCGUGUACACACGUCGAGGGAUCCCUAACGGCGGUAUAUACAAGGCUUCCGACCCAACAGUGCCUCUCUUUGAAUUCUCACAGGAUGAUCUGGAUCACAAUCGGGUGCUGUUCCGUCAUGAGGGUGAAGAAUAUGGGAAAGUAGGUUUGUGGAUCACAGAUGGACAGUUCUAUGCCAACGGCAUUUUGGAGGUGAAAGCAUCACCUCCUUUCGUGCAAGUGGCCAACAACACUGGGCUUGUGGUACAGCACGGAGGUGCAGCAAUGCUCACUAUUGCUAAUCUAAGUGCUGACACUAAUCUCAACAUCUGGGAUGACAAACUAGUCUAUGAAGUUCUUGAGGGUCCUCAUUAUGGUCACCUUCAGUUGGAGCAUGAACCAGAGGCCUUGAGGCAAUUCACGCAAUUAGACUUAGAGAAUGCAUUGUUGACAUAUCACCAUGAGGGAGGUGCUUUUUACAACGAUGAAUUUCAUUUUCGAGUUGGAGCUAGUGACACAACAGCUGAUGGCAAGUUUGGAAUUCGUGUAUUCCCAUCCAGCUACUGGGAACCUCUUAUUGUUGCCACAAAUCGAACUCUGCAUGUGGAAGAGUCAACAAGCGUUGCUGUUACUGCAGCUUCUCUUAAGGUGAUGCAUCCUCAGAUCCCUGCUACAGACAUCACUUACAUCAUAACAGAACCUCCUGUAUUUGGCUAUUUGGAAAUAGAGCCAGUGGGAGACAUUCAUUCAGAUCAAACAGACACAGAUGACUCUAGACCCAACAUUGUGAAUGUUUUUGAACAAGCAUUACUGAAUGAAGGUCGACUAUACUACAUUCAAUCAACAGCUAAUAAAACGCACGAUCAAUUUGUUGUAGAUGUCACAAAUGGCAUCUCAUGGCUGAGAAAUCUGAUAGUACGCUUUAUUAUUGUGCCUGAAUGGAUGUACAUCAGUAAUGGUGAACUCCAAGUAAUAGAGGGGGGAACCAUUACGUUGCCUGCCAAUCUUUUGCCAGUGCUCACUGAAUAUUACCGAGGACGUGUGACAGAAUUUCGAGUUUUGAAACUGCCAAAAUCUGGAGUAUUGCAGCUAUCUAGAGAACCAGGACAACAGUUGCAGAAGUUUACAACUACACAAUUGAAGAGUGGCUUGUUACAGUAUCAACAUGAUGGUAGUGAGACAUUAGAAGAUCAAUUUGUUGUAAUUGGCCUCGCAGGAGAAAAGAAAAGUGCACCUGCUACUGUAAAAAUUAUUGUAUCACCAGUAAAUGACGAACCACCUUACAUCAUGAACAAUACAGGAAUGCGAAUGUGGGAAGGAGCAUUAAAAAUUAUCACCAAUUUACAUCUCGCCGCUGUGGAUAAAGACACACCACCAGAAAAUUUGACAUUUGCUGUAGCAUCUGUUCGUUCUGGAUAUUUGGCAACUGUGUCCAAACCUUCAAUUUCAAUACAGAAAUUUACUCAAGAACAGAUUGACAGAAAAUUGAUAGCUUUUGUGCAUAAAGGUGGCAAAGGUGCGGGCUUUAAUAUAACAGUGAGUGAUGGGGAGAAAACUACCAGUCCACUACCAUUUAUGGUGACAGCUUGUAAAGUCUCCUUACAAAUGGUGUCUUCAUCUUUGUUACAUGUUUUUCCUCUAAGAAGGCAAUACCUCUCAAAUACUCAAAUUCUGUACCGUGCCUCAGACUAUAAUUUACCUACUGCUCGAUCUGUGACGUACACAGUAACAUCCCCUCCAGCGCUUGGCCGACUCUGGUUGGAAUCAUCACCUCCAGGGAAUCCCCAGGAGGCUGUCAACUUCACUCAACGAGAUGUGAAUAACAGUUUAGUCUACUACGAACACACACACCCAUUUUUCGGAUUAUCAACAAAUGACUCACUUGUAUUUGAUGUCAGAGCAGAUUUUGCUGAACCACUUCUGGAUCAGAGCAUGAUAAUUGAUAUUUCCAUUGUGUCUGGAGGGCUAGACCAGUUUCUUGUGAUGACUCCACUGGAAGUUGAUGAAGGUGGCAUUAUUAAAAUAUAUUUAAACACAACACGAGUUCUGGAGUUCUUGGAAACCCAAGCAGAUGUUGAAUCACCCUCUUUACUGAUGGUUCUCACGAGUCCUUUGCAGCAUGGAGAAUUGCAUGUAGGAGACAACAACAUCACAAGCUUCACACAGGCCCAAAUGGAUGCUGGAGAAGUAGAAUAUCACCAUGACCAUUCUGAUACUCUGCAGGAUGAUCUUCAGUUGUCCUUGCUCCUGGAACCAGGAGAUAUUAUGUUAUGUAAUGCUUCUCUUCCUAUAUACAUAACUCCUAUAAACGACCAACCUUUUCGAUUAGUUACUCAAGCCCCUCAUAUUUCUGUAGUACAAGGUCAAACAAAGCCAAUCACUAAAAGUGAUCUUCUUACUGAAGAUCCAGACACUCAACCUGAAGAGAUCACCUACUUUGUGAUAACUGGUCCUUCCCAAGGCCGUCUCACAUACAGAAAUAGCUCCACUAAUGAAUCUAUAAUGAUUGUAAAGUUCACACAGGCAGACAUUAAUGCAGGAAAUGUUGUUUAUGAACAUUCUGGGCGACUUCAACCCACAACGUUUUACUUCCGAGUGUGGGAUGGUCAUUUCAAUCCUGAAUAUACAGUGUUUAACAUUCAUGUACUUCCUGUGAUGUUAAAUGUAACUGCAGGUGCUCCUAUUAAAUUACAACAAGGAUCUAGUGUGGCUGUAAUUACACAAGAACACCUUAUCUCUGUAACAAAUGUUCCUAUAGAGGAAGUGCAUUACAAUGUAUCGUAUCUUCCUCGACAUGGUUCAAUAUAUGUAAACAAUGCUGCUGCCACAGAGUUUACACAAGUUGAUCUUGAUAACAGAAGAGUUAUUUAUAUGCAGACUGAUAUGACAACAGCCAGUGACACUUUUGAAGUAUCUGCCUGGGUCCCUGGAGGAGGUAUACCUGUCAUGGGAAUAGAAGUCAAUGUGAGUGUGGAACCUUUUAUGAAAAUCGGAAACUUUAGUCCCAUAGCUGGAACUAAAACCAGAAUAACAUUAGAUGUCUUAGAUGCAACACCUUUGGCAAAAUUGACCAAUAGUAAUCCUAACUAUCAAGUGCUUCGUCGACCACGUCAUGGGAAAAUCAAGAAAAUAAUCCGUAGUACUGGAGAGAAACGUACAGUGAGGGAACGUGAUGUUAUUCACUUUUCACAUGAAGAAAUAAAGAGUGGUGUCAUUUAUUAUGUUGUGCGGCGAUUACCAGACCAAGAGACUGAUGGUGCAGAUGACAGUUUCCCAUUUCUCUUAGCUGCUUCUAUUUUUCAGCCAGCGUUGGGAGAAUUAAAGUUCAGGGUGAGACCAGAACAUGCCAAUGACAUUUCUCCAAUCCCUACAGUGUCUGCUGCGCACCCACCUCGCAAUGCGGGUCCUCGGAGUCCAGAGGGGCAUGAGGGUGGACUCACAGUGGCUAGUCCCAACAUGAGCAAUGACUAUGUGAUGAUAGUGAGCAUGGUUCUUGGUGUUGUUAUAUUAGCCAUUCUUGUGAUUGUUGUGGUAAAAUGCAGAUCAGUACAUAUGGGGCGUGAGGAAACAAGGACUUGUAAAUCGGACCUGUCAGGUAUGCCACCCGUCCCUUUGCCACGUCCUCCAGAUGACCUGCAGGCCACGUCACCUCAUCCGAAGAGGUUUGCCCCCCCAAACACUUCUCCAACUCCAGGGACCACACCCACGCCUACAGCCAUGCUACAGUGCAAAGUGAUCCCCCUGGAACCAGUGGAAUCAGUGGCCAGUUCAGAACCAGAUCUCAAUUCCAGGUAUCCCUAUGGAGUCCCUGAUGAGCCUACAGAAGACUGGAGCAGUUAUGACACUUCAGAACUUGCUUACCCUCCAAGGACAACUAAUCCAAUGUUGAGACGUAAUCAGUAUUGGGUAUGAACUGAUGUGAAAAUUAAUCACACACAAGAAACGAAUUUUUAAAAGUAACUUUAGUGUUGAUAAAGACAAUGAGUAAUUUGAAGAAACAAUGCAAUUUGUGCAUCCUCAACAAUGAGUAAAGUUAACUAAUUGCCCAAAUACAUUAAAUACUGUCACUUGAAGUGGAUGGCCUAACUAUGCUACCGUUUAUUUUUAAUAUUCACUAAGAAAAAAUGACAAACUGAGUUUAAUUUUAAUUACACUUUAAAAAUGUUUUCAUAAACUAUAUUAUCAUAUCUAUGUUAAUG